ACUUUCUUUUGUCUCUCCCAGUGUGUCAUAUUUGCCAUUGACCUUGCCACCACUCUGAUAGGGAUUAGGUGAUAAUGGGGGGUGGAAGGGCCACUCUGGUCAGAGUACUUCUGUUAACCACCCAUGCUUAAAGUAAAACAACACCCCACCCCACCACUCUGUUCUGGCUUUACCAUGGCCUUCUGGGGUCUGAGGUAAUCAAUAUAAAAGGUACCGUGACACAAGCAGGAGACACAGUCAGUAGCCCUUUCAGUGAAGGAACACACUGUCAUACUGAACUCCGUCACUUCAGAAGUCCAUUAGAAACCCAUUUGUUUACAGGGCUUCAUUCAUUUAACUGCUGCUAUGUGGAAGGACUCCAGCAAUGAUGAUGCCAGACCCGUGGCCUCCAGCGGCAGCUCCUCUCGCAGCGCCAGUCGCAGGAAGAGGACCAGCUUCUCCAAAGAGCACGUGGAACUCCUGCGCGCCACCUUCGAGACCGACCCGUACCCUGGCAUCGGCCUCAGAGAGAGCCUGUCCCAGACCACAGGCCUGCCAGAGUCACGCAUCCAGGUGUGGUUUCAGAACAGAAGAGCUCGCACCCUGAAGUGCAAAGGAGCCAAGAAAGCGCUGUGGCAGUCUGAUAGUCCAGUCCAUGAUGCUCUGCCUCCACCUCAUGCUGUAGCCAGCAGGGGCCAGCAGGUUGGCUCAGUCCAUCUGCCGCUACAGGGCCCUCCACCAGCCUACCCAACCCCAGUGAAGGAGGAGAUGGAGGAAGCCUGCUACUAUGGACAAUGUCCUCCAGUCUACUCCACCACUGAGGAGCAUGGACACUAUGGCUCCAUGUAUGGGCUCCAGCAGGGCAGACCGUUGGGAAGCAGCUCCAGCCCACCCUUGAGGGGCUUCUGGUCCCAGCCAGGCAGCCAAGCCUCCCCGGUCCCGCCUCUGUGGUGCCACUCUCCCCUUGAGAUGAGAAACUACAGCUCAAGCUCCAGCCAGGCAGUCUUCAUGUAUCCAGGAUCAGCAGAGCAGCAGAUGUACAUGCCCUACUCCACCUCCCACUCCUCAACUCCAGACACCCCGGAUUCUGGAUACUGGGAUGCCAGUCUGGAGAACAGCCCACCACCAGAAGCUCAGUACCCGCAGCUGGAGGAUUCGUGGAGUGGGGCUGCUCUGGAAGGCUGCGGAGAGUCCGGACAUCCAGCGCUGGUCCAGUACGCCCCCCUACCUGAGCUGUCCCUGCAGGAGAUUCUGGGGGAGCUGGAUGAGGACUGGUUGGGAGGAGAGGGACUGGACAGUCAUGCUACUGGGAAUAAAAUGGCUUUCUGCUAAUGACCCUGUGAUAAGGAUUUAUGAUGGACAAUUAGAAAUCACAGUUAUUAUUUUGAUUUUAGUCAUUUUUGUAUUGCUUCUGAAAUGUGUACAUAUAAAAAGUCCAAAAACUCUGCUGAACUACUGCAAAUGGGAUCCAUGUUUUCAAAAUCCUACAAUCCUACAUGAUUUUUAUUUAUUCCACAUUGACUACAGUUUCUUUUGGUUAAUGUAUUUAUUCAUUUAUUCACUAUUUAUAACCUCUAUUUAUGAUUUUCUGCACUUUUAUACAAAUAAAUCACAAGUAAUAAAAC